AUGCAUGCUUUUGUCCCACGAUCGCAGCCAGGAAUGUCGAUAACCCGCAUUGACAGAUGUAUGUGCAAGAGCUGUACGUAUAUACCGUAUCGCCUGGAGACAACACCGUACAAUACGUCUGAACGGGGUGUGUGUUGGUAUCGUCCCAGGACGCAGAGAAAGCGCUGUCAGUCGCAUCAUGUACGGCGCUACAUCGCGGCUGGUGUUCGCAGGCGUCGAGAGCUCACGUCUCCGUUACCGCGUCGCUCUCCUAGCCGCCUCCUCGACCCUCACGAUGGUUUCCGCGCUCUGAUUGUCGAUACAGGUUGUUUUACUCUCGCUCGACGCCGACCGUGGGACCGGCGAGUGUGUAUAUGGCUUUGGGACUUUCAGUCGCGUCGCCUGUCACUAUCAGCCCCAGCUCUGCUUCAAACUCUCGAGGACUGA